AUGGCGCCGGAGAAACCCAGUCGCGAGCCAACGCUCUUUGAAGUCCUCUCCAUCUCUCCACGGAGUCUGGAGGGGCAGGACCCAGCAUCGCAAGCCAAGAUUGCCAGGCAAGCCUACCGCCGCGCGCUGCUCAAACAUCACCCCGACCGCCAGGCUCAGAAGACAGAUGAAAACGCCGCUUCAGCAUCGGACUCGUCAUCAGCUUCAACCACAGAUACAUCGCAGCACUUCACCGUAGACCAGAUAACAGAGGCCUACACCGUACUCAGCGACGCGGAGAAGCGACGCGAAUACACACGCACAUUACGGUCACAGACCAAGGCAACGUUUUCGGGUGGUGCUAACCAAAAUUCCAAGAGGAGACGAAAGUCUAAGGCCUCGGGAACUGAUACGGUCGUUCUGGAUGACGACAUGUCAUGGGAUGGCAAGCGUCGGCUGUACUACCACGCCUGUGAUGGGUGUGGCAAGUCGCUGAGGAUGAUUCUGAGCUGA